ACACAAAGUUCAAUUCAGACUCAUACUUUUGUACCUCAUCCACCCACUUUUCUAUUCUCUCUCUUUUUGCCCUAUUCAAUAGGGUUUCCAUAUGACUUCUUGUUAGCCAAUUUUCUGAUGCAAUCAGUUGUUCAAGCUCUAUUGAUCGUAUUUCUAUUUGUUGGUCUGUCAAUUUUUGCUCUCAAAAGAGGGUUUUUUGGGCUUGGGCUGUGCAGAUUCUACCUCCCUUGUGUUUUUCAGCAGUACUCAUGUCUAAAGUCUUCAAUUUUAGUGGAGAUGAUGCUUUUUGCCCUGGUGGGGCUCUAUACCCAAGUCCCAAGGAAUCCAGCCUAUUUCUUUCCCUUGGGCAUCAUGUGGAUGUCUAUUUUCCUCCUUGCAAGAGGUCUCGCGUCACUGCCCCUAUCAUUUUCACUGAAAAGCAGAAGAAGUUGCCUUCCAUCGAUGUCCUACCUGAUGAAUGCCUUUUUGAGGUACUCAGACGUGUUUCCGAUGGCAAAGAGAGGAGUGCCUGUGCUUGUGUUUCCAAGCGCUGGCUUAUGCUUUUAAGCAGCAUCCGUGGGUAUGAAACAGUUGUCUCAAAGCCCAGUCCAUCCUCAGAGACUGAGGAAAGAUCUAUCCAAAGCGCCCCUGUUAAGCCCGUGGACUCUAUUAAGAAGGGUGAGGUUGUGGACCCUAAUGGUGUAGAAGUUGCUGACAUUGAAACUCAAGAUAUUGAAGGAGAGGGUCAUCUUUCGAGGUGCCUUGAUGGAAAGAAAGCAACAGAUGUCAGACUUGCUGCUAUUGCUGUUGGAACUGCAACCCAUGGAGGGUUAGGGAAGCUUUCUAUUCGAGGAAGCAACCCAAGCCGUGGUGUGACUGAUACUGGCCUCAAGGCUAUUGCUCGAGGUUGCCCUUCUCUCAGGGCUCUUUCUCUGUGGAAUGUAUCUUCUGUUAGUGAUGAAGGUUUAUCCGAGAUUGCUCAGGGGUGUCAUCUGUUAGAGAAGCUUGAUCUUUGUCAAUGCCCUGCAAUUACUGAUACGUCUUUGGUGGCUAUUGCAAAGAGUUGUCCUAAUCUGACGUCUCUAACGAUAGAAUCUUGUGCAAACAUUGGGAAUGAAAGUCUUCAAGCUGUCGGUCGUUUUUGCCCCAAGUUGAAGUUUGUCUCUCUCAAAAACUGCCCACUCAUCGGGGAUCAAGGAAUUGCAAGUCUCUUUUCAUCAGCUGGUCAUGUUUUGACCAAGGUGAAACUUCACGCAUUGAACAUCAGUGACGUCUCCCUUGCUGUUAUUGGACAUUAUGGCAUUGCAGUGACUGACAUAGCUCUUAUUGGUCUUCAAAGCAUAAACGAAAGAGGCUUCUGGGUCAUGGGCAACGGCCAAGGUUUGCAGAAACUGAGGUCCCUCGCAAUAACUGCUUGCAGUGGAGUUACUGAUUUGGGGCUUGAAGCUCUUGGUAAAGGUUGUCCAAACCUGAAGCUGUUUUGCCUCCGAAAAUGUGCUUUCCUGUCAGAUAAUGGAUUGGUUGCUUUUGCCAAAGGUUCAGCCUCUCUUGAGAACCUCCAAUUAGAGGAAUGCCACAGGAUCACCCAGGCUGGGCUUUUUGGUGUACUUUUGAGCUGUGGUAAGAAGUUGAAGGCUCUUUCCCUGGUGAACUGCUUUGGUGUUAAGGAGUUGGCCUGUCGAUUCCCUUCUGUGCUUCCUUGCAACUCACUGCAGUCUUUGUCUAUUCGCAACUUUCCUGGAGUUGGUAAUGCUACCCUGGCUGUAGCGGGUAGGCUGUGCCCCAAGCUGACUCAUCUGGAGCUGAGUGGCCUUGUUGGAAUAACUGAUGAGGGUCUUUUCCCUCUUGUGCAAAGCUGUGAAGCUGGUUUGGUCAAGGUGAAUCUGAGUGGAUGUGUUAAUGUUACAGACAAAUCAGUUUCAGCCAUAACUGAGUUGCAUGGGGGAAGUCUCGAGUUUCUGAAUGUUGAUGGUUGUAAAUACGUUACUGAUGCAACCUUGGUAGCAAUUUCCAACAACUGCUGGUUGCUCAGUGAACUUGAUCUUUCAAAGUGCGGAAUCACUGAUUCAGGCAUAGCAUCAUUGGCCGGUGCUGUGCAGCUCAACUUGCAGAUCCUCUCACUGUCCGGUUGCUCUAUGCUGUCGAACAAAAGCUUACCCUUCCUGCAGAAGUUGGGUCAGACACUUAUGGGCUUGAACAUUCAGCACUGCAAUGGAAUCAGUAGCAGUGCUGUUGAUCUGCUCUUAGAACAACUCUGGAGGUGUGAUAUCCUUGCUUAAGCAGAGAUCCGUGCAGCUUACAAAUUUGUUGCCAUUGAAGAUGGGGCCCCCCCGUAGCUAAGAAGUUUAACUAGUCAAGUAAAGUUUCCGUUGGUAGCGUUAGCAUGGAGUUUUUUUUGGUCCAUGAUGUUGGGUCUUCUAAUGGUCCAGUAUCUCAGCUCACUUUUUCCAGAGAUAUGGCUGGUCCUCUUUUUUGCAGCUUCCACACUGAAGCUGUUUCUGGUUCUUCCAGCCAUUCUUCUCCGAGAUUACAGAAUGCUGAGUUUUUGGAUUAAGAGAUUCAAGUCUGGUCCUACUUCUUGUUGCCACUAGUUUUUAGCUUCUAUCCUUUCAUUGAUCAUCAAAUCUUGCAAGGGUGAAGCUUUUCCAUGUUGUCUUAGUCUUUUAUGUGUGUGCACUUGUAGUUUUACCGAGUCUUAUACGUUGUUGAACCUUCGUGUUCAGCACGUGAUGGUUGGGUUGAGAUUGUCUCUUGUUGUUCUGGUUGUUUGGGCAGUUCUAGGUUUAAUGCCUCGCUCUCGUGGGCUUUGGCCAUGGCAGCAGUUUCUUUUCUGCCAUGACAACCCUCUGGGGUUGUUUUUUUAAUUUUAGCCAAGUCCUAGUUUUGCAGGCCCCUCUUGUCAUGAACUUCCCAUGCAACCUCUGUUGUUACUUAUGGAGUAGUUUGUAUUUAUGCCUUUUAUUAAAUAAAAAAAAUAAAAAAAAGAAAAAAAAGUUAGGUUGUA